CCUCUUUUAUAUUCUUCAUUACAAUGCCAAUCAUCAACGUAAACGUUAAAUGGACCGGAAAGAAGUUUGAGAACAUUGAGCUUGAUACCGAUGAAAGCCCUGAGCUUUUCAAGAGUCAGAUUUAUUCUCAAACAGGUGUACCUCCCGAGAGACAAAAGAUUAUGGUCAAGGGCGGUAUGCUCAAGGACACAACUGAUCUCAAUGCACUUGGCCUUAAGAACGGUCAUACCUUUAUGAUGAUGGGAACCGCCGGUGAAUUGGCAAAAGCACCAGCCAAGCCUACCCAAUUCUUGGAAGAUAUGACAGAUGCUCAAGUUGCCGAAGCUCUGGAAAUUCCUGCAGGUCUCGAGAACUUGGGAAAUACAUGUUACAUGAAUGCUACACUUCAAUGCCUUCGUGUGAUUCCAGAAUUACAGACCUCCUUGAACAAGUAUCAAGGCGGUGUUAGCGGUGUAGAUAACAGAGGCAACCUGACUGCUAGUCUACGAGAUCUGUUCAAAGAUCUUACAAAAGCAAGUGACGGAUUCCCUCCUUUGGUUUUCUGGCAGAUGCUCUGCCAAGCCUUUCCUCAGUUCUCUCAAACAGGACCUGGUGGUGCACCAAUGCAGCAGGAUGCUGAAGAGUGUUGGAGUGAGAUGGUUUCUAUUCUUAAGGCCAAAUUGCCUGCCGAUCAGGAAACUGGCCGAAAUUUUAUUGAGCAAAGAAUGACUGGUGAAAUGCGUACAGAGCUUCGUUGCCCAGAAGCACCUGAAGAGAACACUGUCUCAACUGAAUCUUUUACGAAAUUGAGCUGUCAUAUUUCUAUCACAACAAACUAUAUGGUUAAUGGAAUUUUGGAAAGCUUGAAAGAAGAAAUUGAGAAGACAUCACCUACACUGAACCGCACUGCCAAGUAUGAGCGUGUAUCGCGUGUAAGCCGUUUACCCCAGUACCUUCCUAUCCAAUUCAUCCGUUUCUUCUGGAAGCCAUCCGAGCGUGUGCGUGCAAAGAUCCUUCGUAAGGUCAAGUAUCCUCUCGAGUUUGAUGCAUCCGAACUCUGCACACCCGAACUUCAGGGCAAGUUUAGCAAGGCUAAGCUGAAGCUGAAGGAUUUGGAAGAGAAAAACGUGGCUAAGAAGAGAGAUGAAAAGAGACGCAAGAUUGAUAUCGAUGUGUCAGGCGGUGCAGAAAGCUCAGCCGCAGCAGCAGCAGCAGCAGCAGUAGCAUCAUCAUCAUCAUCAUCAGCAUCGGGAUCAUCAUCGGCGGCAGCAGUACCAGCAGCUGAAGAGAAGAUUGACUGGUCUGAAUAUAUUGAUCCUGAAUUGCUCAAGGAUGUCGGGUGCAAUCCUACAGGACAGUACGAACUCUGUGCAGUCCUGACACACGUGGGUCGUUCUGCUGAUUCUGGUCAUUAUAUUGCCUGGGUUAAGAAGGCCGAAGAUGAAUGGUUCAAGUUUGAUGAUGAAAAAGUAUCUAUGGUGCGUGAUGCCGAUAUCCAGAAGCUUGAUGGCGGAGGAGACUGGCACACCGCCUACAUUGUGCUUUACCGUGCCAAGCAGCUAGAGUAGACAAUUGAAUAAAUAAACAAGUAAAUAAAUAAAUGAAUAAAAGGCCCUACACGUAUAGAACGAGAGAAAAGAAAUAAGAAGAAGUGGUUCAAGGUGGUUCAAGUAACAAAUAAAAUCAAAUGAAGCAAAGUAAAGCUAAAGCUAAAAAGCUAAUAAAAAAAGCUAAAAAGUUAAAAAGCC